CUCCCGCCGCCGCCGCCGCCGCCGGAGGACCAGCGGCGCUUGUGCAAACCGGGAAGAUGGCGGCCGGCGGCGGCGGAGGCAGCAGUAAGGCCUCCUCCUCGUCGGCCUCGUCCGCAGGGGCCCUGGAGUCCUCGUUGGAUCGAAAAUUCCAGUCGGUGACCAACACCAUGGAAUCCAUUCAAGGCUUGUCGUCCUGGUGUAUAGAGAACAAGAAGCACCACAGUACCAUCGUCUACCAUUGGAUGAAGUGGCUCCGGAGAUCUACAUAUCCCCAUCGUUUGAAUCUCUUUUAUCUUGCCAAUGAUGUCAUACAGAAUUGCAAAAGGAAAAAUGCAAUCAUAUUCCGUGAAUCAUUUGCUGAUGUGCUACCUGAAGCGGCCGCUCUGGUAAAGGAUCCAUCUGUCUCUAAGUCAAUAGAGCGAAUCUUUAAAAUCUGGGAAGAUAGAAAUGUGUACCCAGAAGACAUGAUUGUGGCAUUGAGAGAAGCUUUAAGUACCUCUUUCAAAACUCAGAAGCAGCUGAAAGAAAAUCUGAACAAACCGAGUAAGCAGUGGAAGAAAUCACAAACAUCCACGAAUCCAAAAGCUGCUCUCAAAUCUAAGAUAGUUGCUGAGUUUCGGUCUCAGGCCCUCAUUGAAGAGUUGUUGAUGUACAAACGCUCAGAAGAUCAGAUAGAAUUGAAGGAGAAACAGUUAUCAACUAUGAGAGUGGAUGUUUGCAGCACCGAAACUCUCAAGUGUUUAAAAGACAAAACAGGGGGAAAGAAGUUCUCCAAAGAAUUUGAAGAAGCAAGUUCAAAGCUGGAGGAGUUUGUGAAUGGAUUAGAUAAACAGGUGAAAAACGGGCCCUCACUAACAGAAGCACUAGAAAAUGCUGGAAUUUUCUAUGAAGCACAGUACAAGGAAGUGAAAGUGGUGGCAAACGCUUACAAAACUUUCGCGAACCGAGUAAACAACUUGAAGAAGAAGUUGGAUCAAUUGAAGGCUACCCUUCCUGACCCUGAGGAAUCACCAGUCCCUUCUCCAAGUAUGGAUGCUCCUUCCCCAACGGGGUCUGAAUCUCCGUUUCAGGGAAUGGGAGGUGAGGAAUCCCAGUCACCAGCCAUGGAGAGCGACACAUCUGCCACACCUGAGCCUGUGACAGAUAACCGUGAUGUGGAAGACAUGGAGCUCUCAGAUGUGGAAGAUGACGGGUCAAAAAUCAUUGUGGAAGACAGGAAAGAAAAACCUCUGGAAAAACCAGCUGUCUCCACUUCUGUCCCCACAAAGCCAACAGAAGGUGUCUCUAAGGCCUCCUCAUGUGCCCCGGCCCCUGUGCCCACGACAGCGACCCCACCUCUUCCAAAGCCCGCGAACACUUCUCUUCUGUCCCCCUCCCCUGCUUUGGCUUUGCCAAACCUGGCGAAUGUGGAUCUGGCAAAAAUUAGUUCCAUCCUUAGCAGCUUAACAUCAGUCAUGAAAACCACGGGGGUCAGUUCUGCAUCAAGACCUUCUCCAGGAACGCCUACCAGUCCCAGCAACCUCACCAGUGGCCUGAAAACACCUGCACCUGCCACAACAACAUCUCACAACCCUCUGGCAAAUAUCCUCUCAAAGGUGGAGAUCACCCCAGAGAGCAUUCUCUCUGCUCUUUCUAAAACCCAGACACAGUCAGCCCCUGCACUCCAAGGCCUGUCAUCUUUACUUCAGAGUGUUACUGGGAACCCAGUGCCAGCCAGUGAAGCUACAUCCCAGAGCUCUACAGCUUCCCCUGCUAGCACCACAGGCUCUACCGUAAAGGGGCGAAACCUGCUUUCCAAUACGCAGUCCUUUAUUUCCAAAAGCUUCAGCUAUUCUCCUAGUUCUUCAACUGCUGAAGUCUCUUCAACUUCAGCAAGCAAGGCGUCAGUGGGGCAGAGCCCAGUGCUCCCAAGCACUACUUUCAAAUUGCCGUCCAGUUCUUUAGGAUUCACAGGUGCCCACAAUACUAGCCCUGCUGCCCCACCUACUGAAGUUGCCAUGUGCCAAUCCUCAGAGGUCUCCAAGCCAAAGCUGGAAUCAGAGUCCACUUCCCCAAGCCUGGAAAUGAAGAUCCACAACUUCUUAAAAGGUAAUCCUGGUUUCAGUGGCUUAAACUUAAACAUCCCGAUCCUGAGCAGUUUGGGAUCCAGUGCCCCGUCAGAGAGCCAUUCCUCAGACUUCCAGCGCGGUCCGACUAGUACUUCGGCUGACAACAUUGAUGGAACCCCUGUUCGGGACGAACGGAGUGGGACCCCCACCCAGGAUGAGAUGAUGGACAAGCCCACGUCCAGCAGUGUCGACACUAUGUCCCUGCUGUCUAAGAUCAUCAGCCCUGGUUCCUCAACACCCAGCAGUACAAGAUCACCACCCCCUGGAAGAGAUGAAAAUUACCCCCAAGAGCUCCCCAAUUCUGUGUCUACAUUUCGGCCCUUCGGCCUAGCCAGUGACUCUCCCUACAAGCAGCCGUCUGAGGGAGUAGAGAGACCAUCUUCCCUGAUGGAUUCUUCACAGGAAAAGUUCUUCCCUGAUACUUCUUUCCAGGAAGAUGAGGAUUACCGAGAUUUUGAGUAUUCAGGGCCUCCACCCUCUGCCAUGAUGAACUUAGAGAAGAAACCAGCCAAAUCUAUCCUAAAGUCAAGCAAGCUUUCUGACGCUACCGAGUACCAGCCAAUCCUGUCCAGUUAUAACCACAGGGCCCAAGAGUUUGGGGUAAAGUCUGCCUUCCCUCCAUCUGUAAGGGCCCUCCUAGACUCUAGUGAGAACUGUGACCAUCUCUCAUCUCCCCCUGGGCUAUUUGGUGCCUUCAGCAUAAGAGGGAAUGAACCUGGGUCUGAUCGGUCACCAUCACCGAGUAAGAAUGAUUCGUUUUUCACCCCUGAUUCCAACCACAGUAGCUUGUCUCAGUCUACCACUGGGCAUCUCACUUUGCCACAGAAGCAGUACCCAGACUCUCCUCACUCAGUCCCACAUCGUUCCCUUUUCUCUUCGCAGAAUACCCUUGCUGCGCCAACGGGCCACCCACCCACAUCAGGUGUGGAGAAAGUCCUGGCCUCCACGAUUUCCACCACAUCGACGAUUGAGUUUAAGAAUAUGCUUAAAAACGCCUCACGCAAACCCUCAGAUGAUAAGCAUUUUGGCCAGACCCCCAACAAGGGUACUUCAAGUGAUGGUGUCAGUCUGUCAAACCUCACCCAGCCUACCUUGCCUACCACUGACCAGCAACAGGAAGAACACUAUCGCAUAGAAACCCGAGUCUCUUCCUCCUGCUUAGACUUGCCUGAUAGCACAGAAGAAAAGGGGGCCCCCAUAGAAACUCUGGGUUAUCACAAUGCAGCCAAUAGGCGGAUGUCAGGGGAGCCGAUACAGACUGUAGAGUCCAUACGAGUUCCUGGGAAGGGAAAUAGAGGACACGGGCGUGAGGUCUCGAGAGUAGGAUGGUUUGAUCUGAGCACACCAGGCAGCUCUUUUGACAAUGGUCCCUCAAGUGCCUCUGAGAUGGCAUCCCUUGGGGGUGGGAGCAGCGGAGGCCUCACUGGCUUUAAGACAACGCCAUACAAGGAACGGGCACCCCAGUUUCAGGAGAGUGUCUCCAGCUUUCAUUCCAGCAGUUUCAACUCAACAUUUGAGCAUCAUCUCCCCCCAUCCCCCUUGGAACAUGGGACACCCUUCCAAAGAGAGCCAGUGGGGCCGUCAUCUGCCCCACCUGCCCCUCCUAAGGAUCAUGGUGGUAUCUUCUCUCGAGAGGCACCCACUCAUCUGCCCUCUGUGGAUCUUUCGAACCCCUUUACAAAGGAGGCAACUCUGGCCCAUGCUGCCCCACCACCUCCCCCUGGAGAGCACAGCGGAGUUCCUUUCCCUCCCCCACCCCCUCCCCCACCCCCGGGGGAGCUUAGCAGCAGUGGAGGGAGUGGUGUCCCUUUUGCUACCCCGCCCCCUCCUCCACCCCCUGUUGACCACUCUGGGGUUGUACCUUUCCCAACUCCACCACUGCCAGAGCAUGGAGUGACUGGGCCUGUGGCAGUUUUUCCCAAGGACCAUAGUUCCCUCCUUCAAGGGACCCUGGCUGAGCAUUUUGGGGUGCUCACAGGACCCAGGGACCUCAAUGGCCCUGGUCUUAGCCGUGCACGAGAAAGCCUGAGCCUACCCUCCCACCCUCUGGAGCACCUGGGCCCAGCCCUUGGAGGAGGUGGGGGAGGCAGCACCAGCAGCAGCGGCCUUCCCCUGGGCCCCCCACACAGAGACGCCAUCGGCCGGAGUGGUAUGAUUUUACGGAGUCCCCGGCCAGACUUUCGGCCUAGGGAAGCUUUUCUCGGCAGAGACCCAUUCCACAGUCUAAAGAGACCCCGGCCACCUUUUGUUAGAGGUCCUCCGUUCUUUGCACCAAAACGCCCAUUCUUCCCUCCCAGGUACUGAUGGAAAUCAGGGAAAGGCAUUUUGAACAGUCUAGAGAGCAUUGGAAGUAGCAGUUUGGUUUCUUGUUUUUAUUUGUUUCCUCUCUUGAUUUUGUUUGUUUGUUUGUUUGUUUUUAAUGAAGGGCCUCUCUUCCAAAUUCAGAAAGCAUACUGGUGAUAGUUUACUAUUAUCUAGUCCUCUCUCUGCACUUAGGACCUUUCCCAAAUUGUUUGUAUUUUUUCUUUUUUCCUUUUCUUCUUUCUUAAAAAAAAAAGUAAACAUAACCAAAGUCACUUCAUUUGGCUGGGGGUUUCGGGAGUGGGGAGGUAAACAAUAUUUUAUCUCAUCUAUUGGAGAGAUAACUUACAUUUGAAAUAAACUUCGGUCAGUACAGGUCAUAACAUGUGCAAUGUUGGGGUGUCAUUUGGGGCUUGGCCUUGCUAAUCAUAGUGGGAGGAUCCCUGUCUCCUUCCCUCUCCAGCUAAGCAACUUCUGUGACCAGCUUGGCUCCCUUCUUUGUAUUCUCUCCUCUGCUGAGGGCCAAGAGGUGUUUGCAGAAGGACAGAAUGUGGGCAAUUUGGGGCCUGCCAGGUGUAUUUGCUUUAUUCUAAAGGCAUGUUGAAAUGGAGUUCUUUAUCUUUUGUUUUUUAAGCACCCUCUUCUGAACUAUUACCAGACAGUCAAUCUGAGGCAGUACAAAUCUCAUUCUGUGUAGUAGAAAGUUCUCUCUUGCUGGGUGUGGUGGUACACACCCACAGCCCCAGCGCUGGGAGGCAGGGACUAGAGAAUGGCAAGUAUGAGGCCAGCUUGAACUAUAGUGGAACUUUGUCUCAAAAAGAAAGAAAAGAGAAAAGUCUCUUCCUUAAAGGAAAAAAGAACGGAAUAUAAUUUCAAUAUUAAAAUGAGGAAUGAUCACAGUAUGUAAAGCUAGGGAGGGGAUCAUUUAAUGGUGCUGUGUGACCAACUGUCCUUUGUAAACAAGGACUUGGGAAGCAUUUGGAUGGUUCUACGUAUCUGUUCUAAGCCCUUGCCCCCUGCUUUCCCUGACUUUCUCUCCCUCAGUUAUUAAUUCUGACUAAAUUGUUGAGCAAGCGUAGGUAAACUAUUUUCCCUGCCUUCUUAAAUGUUUAGUUAGACACUUUACUGUGGUGCCGCUGGUGGUUUUCUGCAAACAUUAACUACCAGAGAAAGGGAAAUAUUCUGUCUUUAAGAUUUUUCCAUCUCAUUCAUGUACUCACCGCUGUUGCUAUUUCAGAGGAGGUGAGUGGUAUCUUGAUGUCCUACUCUGUAGGUGUGUCUUAGAGACAGGUGGGUAUUGCUGGCCCUCUUCACAGAGCAAGUGGGGUCCUGAGAAAUCCGAGAUGGCCCUCAGCAGAUAGCAACUUGAUGUUUUCAGUGCCCACCUCCAGCCCUCCCUGUCAACUGAUAGAUGUUUUACCUGAGUCUUUGCCAUGGAGGGAAGAGCUUUCUUUCCUGCAUUGAAAGGCUUGUUUGUGUUUCUGCAUCUAAUACUUAGGGGAAAGACAAUCACUGUGCUUGGAGUGCUUUUAUCUUUAUCUGGGAAGCACAUACUGCUUACUACAAUUUCUGUUGGUGUGUUGCACCACGGUAAACGCUAAUAGUCUCCAGGUAGGUGUGUAAAACAAUGUGUUGAGCUUUUGAAGGAAUUCUAGCAAGUUAGAAUAGAACUAUAAGGAAGUAAGGAGUGAUUUGAAUUCCUCACUGGGGUAGCAAAGAUGGAGGAAAGUGCAGCACAUGGUUGAAGACAAUCCUUUGUCUCAGAACAAACCAGUUUUCAGAAGGAAGGCUGUCUGUCGUGGUCCGGGCUCUGUGUUCCGUGGAAGGGUGCAUUGCAGCAAGGCCUUUCCCUCGUGCACAUCCCAUUUUGAGCCAGCUCCUCUUUCUUUCCUUUCUCAGACCUCUCGGCCCUGUAGUUCUCCCCACAAAAAUUCACGAUACCAUGACCUUGUGAGGGGAUUGGGUAUAUAGCAUAGCAAAGCAAAAGAAGUAUAGUUAUGUUGAGUCUUAAGACAUUUGUUGAAUAAAAGCACCAAACAGAGAAUGGGGGUGGGGGCAGGGGAAUUGUGACUUUCAGAAUUGAUCUUUUUUUUUUCUCAGAAAUUAAGUGGGGGUGUUUCAGUCUAGAACAAAAGAAUGUGAAUUCUUUCUACCGCUCUUGUUUAAGCUAAACAUACUGUUUACUUGAAAAGGCUCUCAGACCAUUUGAUUUUCUAAGAAAACAUGGAGUAUCAGGAAAGUGGUUUCUGGAAUGGUAAAGCAAGAUAAUUGUCCUCAAAAGCAUAAUGGCCAAUACAUGAAGGGAUACUUUGUACAGUUCAAGGAUGGACUAACCAGGGGUUGGGUUUUUGUGGGAUGUUUUUGUUUUGUUUUUGCCACAAAAUCUUGAGUGUGUUUCAGGGUGGAAGUGAGGAUUGUAUGAAGCUGUCAGAUAUUUUAAGGAAAUCUGUCUACAACAGUAAAUGAAGACAACUGUAUAUAUGUGAUAUAGUGAAACAAAAGACAUUUCUGGUAUUCAUAAAGAUAAAACAAGGGAUAUUAUUCUUUCCGUGUCUGUGAUUUAAACUCCGUACCAUGCUCUGACUUUUGUAUUUCACCCUGAGUUUAAAAAAAAUAAACAAGAUAUUUUUUAAAGAAUGCACAAUAUAGUGUGUCUUAGCAAGGACAUGAGUCAUAUGAAGCAGAAUGAGUAGUUGUCACUAAGGUCCUUGGUGCUCCUUGGUGCUCCUUGUAAAACCACAGACAAAGAAUUCUAUGAAUACACUAGUACCACACAGAAUUCAGUGAUGCUAGAUCAGAAAUAGGAUCCUUCAAGGUUUUCUGAGAGUUUACUCUCCAGUCAGCUUAGAUGGUAGCUCCUCCCUGCACCUCUCUGCCCUCCCAAGAAUGGAGGUCAACAGAACUCAGUUUGAUUCCCUGGAGGGUGCUAUGAGCAGUGUAGGACUUUGACCCUUUCUGAUACCAGAAACCGUGAUGUGUAUGGUACAGCAAGCCUAUCUAGACAAUGUGAAUAGGCUCAGCUUUCUUACUGCAGAAUACCCACUCAGUCCUAACGGUACCUGUUGAUGCAGUUAGGCUUCAGCUGUUAGGGUUUGAAUCGGCUGUAAAUUACUGCUCCCCCCACCUCCAUAUUUUUAAUUGGUGGGGUCAUCUGUUAAGAUUU